AUGCCCUACAACUACGACGCCGGGCCUAUCAGGCUAACGACCUCUCCGGAACACAACACCUCUUGUUUCACCAGCAUAUCCGCCUUCUUUACAGCCAGAAGACCUAGUUACCAGAACAACGUUUUUGUUUCUGAAAAGUCGCAGUUGAUCUCUGACGAUGAAUCUGAUUGCCAGGACGAGUCCAAAGAUUUGGAAAUGGGCCACAAGCUGUUUGCCCCAUAUGCCGAAAAGAGACCGGAGUUAACCACCAGGUUUGACUCUUCACAAAGGUUAAAACAGCUCAGAGAGAUUAUGGCUGCUAACAAAGUUGGUGUCUAUAUUGUUCCAUCUGAAGAUGAACAUCAGAGCGAAUACACGGCCGCCAAGGACCAACGUCGCUCGUAUAUAUCUGGAUUCACCGGUUCUGCCGGUGUUGCUGUCAUAACCCUGACCGAUGCCGUUACGUUUGAAGGUGAGGCGGCUCUUUCAACUGAUGGACGUUACUUUUUGCAAGCUUCAAAUCAGCUAGAUGAUAACUGGAUGCUUUUGAAACAGGGUGUGAGCUCGUAUCCUACAUGGCAGGCAUGGGCACUUUCGAGGACCAUCUCCAAUCCCUUUUCCAAGACUUUAGCCGUCGACCCCAAGCUGAUUACUGAUACCGUUGGAAAGUACUUUAAAACCAAAUGCUACGAUUUCAACGUCGAGUUUCUGCCGAUAAUGGAGAAUCUGGUUGACAAGGCCAGGGGUAAGCUGGGAGACGGAAUAAAGUUCUCCAGCAGUAAACUGUUCGAGCUCGAGCUGAAAUACAGUGGAGAGACCACCAACAGCAAAGUGGAAAGAGUGAGGGAGUAUUUGAAGAAGAAAAAGAGCUUUGGACUGGUUGUUACCGCCCUAGAUGAUAUUGCCUGGCUGAUGAAUCUCAGAGCUUCUGAUAUCCCUUAUAACCCAGUGUUCUUUGCUUAUGUGAUCAUCGACACUAAGAACGUUUGGUUGUACAUUGAGGACUCCAAGAUUACCCCAGCGGUUAGAGAAUAUCUUCAUGGAAUUGACUCUUUGGUUGUAAAAGACUACAAGCUGUUUUGGGAUGAUGUUCCUGCCAUCAAGAACACCACCAGAGAUCCGGAUUACGAUUCUCUGGUGAUACCGGCCGACUCGACUUACGCUCUCACCACCAACGUUCCUUCUACAAUCUCGCAUGUUGUUCACAAGUCCCUGAUUGAAGACUAUAAAGCAGUAAAGAAUCUGAUUGAAAUCAGGGGUCAUAAGUGGGCUCAACUGAAGGAUGGAAUCGCUCUAUCCAGGUUCUUUGCAUGGCUAGAAGAAAAACUGAUCGUCAAAAACGAGAAGGUGGACGAGAUAGAGGCCGCAGAGAUGAAUAUGUACUACAGAAGUGUUCUCUCCAACUUUAAAGGUUUGAGUUUCGAGACAAUUUCUUCUGCUGGUGCGAACGCUUCAAUUAUCCACUAUUCACCUACUCCCUCUGACUUCAGCGUGAUUGACAAGAAGCAGGUAUAUCUUUGUGAUUCUGGAGGACAGUAUCUCGAAGGAACAACUGACAUCACCAGAACCGUCCAUUUUACCAAACCAACAGCGGAGGAGAUCAAGGCUUACACUCUGGUGCUAAAGGGUCAUCUCCAGUUAGCAAUGGCGCGGUUCCCACCAGAUACUUCGGGUGUGACGUUGGAUAUAUUGGCAAGACAACCACUAUGGAAGGAAGGUAUGGACUACCGUCAUGGAACUGGUCAUGGUAUAGGAUCGUUUCUAUGUGUUCAUGAAGGACCUUGUGGAAUCGGCACCAAGAACUCGAAGCCACUACAGGAGGGAAACGUGAUCAGCGAUGAACCUGGAUACUACAAAGACAAGGUCUUCGGAGUGCGCAUUGAAAGUGACAUGCUGGUUGUUUCUCGGGAGCGCGAUUCCGACGAGCAAAAGUUUUUUGAGUUUGAGUAUAUCACCAGGGUUCCAUUCUGUCGCAAGCUGAUAGAUACGAGCAGAUUGACUCAGGAACAGAUUGUAUGGCUAAAUACUUACAAUGAUGCGCUAAGGAAAGAGCUUUUGCCGUAUCUGGAGGAUUGUGGCGAUGAUAGGGCCAUUGAUUGGUUGAUGAGAGAAACAUUGAAGUUUUAG